AGUUCUGAAGAUAGAAUGAGGGAUGCUUCCUGCCUCCAGGUCCUGCUCCUGUUGAUGUUGGGAGCCAGGAUGCAGGAAAGUGCAGCCUGUGGGCAGCCCCGAGUGUCCAGUCGGAUCGUGGGGGGCCAGGAUGCUCAGGAUGGAGAAUGGCCAUGGCAGACAAGCAUUCAGCACCACGGGGUCCAUGUGUGUGGGGGGUCACUCAUUGCACCUCAGUGGGUGCUGACGGCAGCGCACUGCUUCCCCAGACGAGUGCUACCAGCCCAAUACAGCGUGCUCCUGGGGGCGCUGAGUCUGGGUGUCACGUCAUCCCACCAGCUCUUGGUUCCUGUGCUUCGGGUGCUACUGCCUCCAGACUACUCUGAGGAUGAGGCUCGUGGUGACCUGGCACUGCUGCAGCUGCGUCACUCAGUGCCUCUGAGCUCCCGCAUCCAACCUGUCUGCUUGCCUGCACCAGGCUCCCACCCACCACCCAGGUCUCCAUGCUGGGUCACUGGCUGGGGUAGCCUCAGCCCAGGAGUGCCACUCCCAGAGGGGCGACCCCUGCAAGGAGUGAGGGUGCCACUGUUGAACUCCCUUGCUUGUGACCACCUCUACCACAUAGGCACUGAUGUGCCCCAGGCUGAGCGCAUAGUGCUGCCAGGGAACCUGUGUGCUGGCUACCGCAGGGGCCACAAGGAUGCCUGUCAGGGUGACUCCGGAGGACCCCUGACCUGUAUGGACUCCGGACACUGGGUCCUGGUGGGUGUGGUGAGCUGGGGCAAGAGCUGUGCCCUGCCCAACCGUCCAGGUGUCUAUACCAAGGUAGCCAAGUACAGUCCCUGGAUAGAGGCUCACCUCAGUCUCUGAUGCUGAUUGGUUUGCUGAUGCUGAUCUGGAACCUCCUGGCCCAUUCUGUACAUCCCUUCCCCUUCUGACUUGAGGCUGAGAUGCUAAGAUCCCAAUUGCUCACCAAUGCCUCCUUUCCUCCUUGAG